UGGAGAGAUCGCAGUCUCGCAUCAGUUCCACUCGGUAUGUCGACCACCCAAGUGCUUAUUUCCUGCCUGCCGGCAGUACUGCUGCUGAGCUUCGGCGCUCAUCUUCCCGUGGAGGUUAUCGCGAACAGUUCACCGUGCACAUCUAUAACCAAUGUCGGCGCGAGUCCCUGUGUCCUGCAACUCGCCAACCCAUGCGGAUCAGGUCAGGCCGGCUCCAGCACCAUUGUGAAUGUGAUUACCGGUGGCUGCACUGGACUGGCUGCCCUGACUCCAAGCAACUCUGUCCAGAGUCCUAGUCCUUGCCCCAAUACACCACUCCAACCGAGUCCUUGCCAAAACACGCCUGUCCAACCGAGUCCUUGUCCCACUACUCCUGUCGAAUCGAGUCCUUGCCCUAAUACACCAGUCCAGCCGAACCCCUGUCCGAAUAAUCUAGUCCAUCCGAAUCCUAAUCCCAAUACACCACUCCAACCGAAUCCGUGUCCCAAUACGCCCAUUCAACCGAGUCCUAGCCCCAAUACGCCUGUCCUACCAAAUCCUUGCCCCAAUACACCAGUGUUUCCUAUCCCCAACGUGCCUAUCCAACCGAGUCCUUGUCCGAAUACUCCAGUUCACCCGAAUCCUAAUCCCAAUACACCACUCCAACCGAAUCCGUGUCCCAAUACGCCCAUUCAACCGAGUCCUAGCCCCAAUACGCCUAACCUACCAAAUCCUUGCCCCAAUACACCAGUGGUUCCUAUCCCCAACGUGCCUAUCCAGCCGAGUCCUUGUCCGAAUACUCCUGUUCAGCCUGCUCCCUGCCUUCCUCCGGUUCUACCCACUUAUCCUCCUACCACCUACGCUCCCCCCACCAAUCCUCCUCCCACAUACGCCCCACCCACUUAUCCUCCUACCACCUACGCUCCCCCCACCUAUCCUCCUCCCACAUACGCCCCACCCACCUAUCCUCCUCCCACAUACGCCCCACCUCCCACUUAUCCUCCUCCCACGUAUCCAACACCUACACCAACUACUACUCCACCGCCUGCACCCAUCAUUAUGUGUCCCCAUGGAACAAUUCUGGUGAAGGGCAUCUGUCGCCUGGUGUUCUGUGGAACAGGUCAACGCUAUGUGAAUGGCCGUUGUAUGCAGACCCGAUGCCCUCAGGGAUAUGUUUGGACGGGACUUCGCUGCGACAGACCCAAGAUUAAGGAACUGGGAAACAUCCACCUGGAGACGACGAUUCUCAGCAAGGCAACGGGCCAAUUGGUUACGAACAAUGUUAACAAUGUGAAUGUGGAUGCACCUAUCUCGAUUCCCGGCCAUGACUACGAUGAGGAGGAGGAGGAUGUAGAGAAGAUACCUCCUCCGCCCGGACCAUCAACCGUACCAUGUUGUAGUGUGAUUGCUCCACGCAUCUGCAGCGCUCCACCCAAUGGCACGGGCUACAAAUGUGCCAGCCGGAGCCAGCAGCAGUGCGGCAGCAUUUGCCAAGCCAAUAAGAUGGUACUGACUCCUUCGCAGCUGACCAGCUGGACGAUGAACAAUAACCAGAUGCUCGUGAUGCCACCGAACUGGGGGCAGGGACAGGCGUGCCAGGCCCCCGGAUCUUGCCAACAGACCCAGAAUUUCUAUGAUUGCAGCGGCUGUGGUAGGGGCGAUGUGACCACAUGCUCCUCGUACUGCUAUACCUAUCGGUGCAGUGGGCAGGGUUGCGCUUUCUACGAUCAGGGACAGUACUGUGCCCAGUAUCCGGGCCAGAUCGGGUGCCGUACGGAGGAUGGCUGGUUCCAGUAAUACAGAAUAUAUAUUUGAAUAUUGUGCAAAUUUGAAGAUUCCUUUUAAAAUAAGUAUUCUGUACCUUAUAAUAUUUCGUACAAGUAUAUUUUAUCCUUAAAAAGAUUACCUAAGGUCAA